CUGCUGAUUUUUGUACAAAGUCAAAAACACUAUACUAUGGCGUUUGUGCCACAGGCAACUAACAUGUACUUGUACUUCUUAUAGCAUAUGAAACAUUAAUUUAUGCAAUUAAAAAAAGUCGCAAACAACCAUCCCCACUAGCACCACCGGCGUAAGAAUGUUGGAUCAAUUCAACAAUUCUUUCAUCACUUUAUUUGCUCUUCUUUUCUUCGUCGUUUGACUUCAUCAUUUAAUCCACACUCGUUUCUGAACGAAAAUCUCUCUUUUGUACUUUCUUGCAUGUACAUUGUAAGUGAACAACUUAAUGAACUGUGGAUAGAGGACUACAUCGUGCAUGUAACAUAAACAUAUCCACUAGGAUGCUUAUAAAUAGAUCUGGGUGAUUAGCUCAACCAUCUCAAAUCAACAACAUUGAAGGUAAGAUUGAUGAUAAGAUUUGGCCACAAUGGAGGGAAAGGGAGAUAGUGUUUUUUCGUUUACUAGUGCUAUGAGUCUUGACCAGCUUGGAGUGUCUUCUAUACCUCAACGUUAUGUUCUUCCACCAUCACAACGCCCAAGCCCUCGUGAUGAUGUUCCCAACUCCGCCACUCUUCCCAUUAUAGAUUUGUCUACUGUGCGAGAUCAAUCUCUUAUAUCUAGAACGAUCAAUCAAAUUCGAAUUGCCUGCAAGGAAAUUGGUUGCUUUCAGGUAAUCAACCAUGGGAUUGAUCAAAUAGUAAUGGAUGAAGCCCUAGAAGUCGCAUCAGAGUUCUUCAACCUCCCUAAUGAGGAAAAGAUGCGUUUAUUUUCUGAAGAUGUUCACAAACCUGUGAGGUAUGGAACAAGCCUUAACCAAGCUAGGGAUGAAGUUUACUGCUGGAGAGAUUUCAUCAAACACUACUCUCAUCCAAUAUCGGAUUGGAUUCACAUGUGGCCUUCAAAUCCCUCCAAUUACAGGGAGAAGAUGGAAAAGUAUGUAAAAGCUGUGCAAGUUCUACAAAAUCAACUAUUGGAAAUAAUUUUCGAAAGCCUGGGGUUAAACCCUACUUACUUACAUGAAGAAAUCAGUGGAGGCUCUCAAACCCUUGCUGUGAACUGCUACCCUGCAUGUCCACAACCUGCACUCACCUUAGGCAUCCACCCUCACUCAGAUUACGGGUCCAUAACAGUGUUGCUCCAAACCCGUUCAGGCCUAGAAAUCAAGGAUAAAAACAACAACUGGGUACCUGUCCCUUUUGUUGAAGGUGCACUUGUGGUGCAGUUGGGUGACCAAAUGGAAGUCAUGAGCAAUGGACAAUACAAGAGUGUGAUUCACCGUGCAACGGUUAAUGGAGAUGAGAAGAGGUUUUCCAUUGUGAGUCUUCACAGCUUUGCGAUGGAUAGAAAGAUGGGUCCUGCACUUGAACUUGUUGAUGAACAAAACCCUAAGUCCUACAAAGAGUUCUGCUUCAGGGAGUUUCUGGACUUCAUCUCCACCAAUGAUAUUACAAAGGAUAGGUUUCUUGACACUUUGAAGAUGAAGAAACCUUAAUUAGGUUUAUAUAUAGGGUUUAAGGAAAUGGUUUAACCUAUGAUGAUCAAUAACAUGAUGUUUGUGCCUGUUAGUUUUAGGAAGUGGUCUAAGAAAUGGGGCACCUAGAAGUAUUUUUUUUUUCUUUCCCUUUAUUUCUCUACUAUUAGUGUGUGUGGCUUUGGAUAUUAUAAUAUGUAAUUGAAAUAAAGAAAUGCAAUAAAGUUCAGCUCUUGUCAAUUGAAGACUAAGAUCACACACAUAAGUUUUAAAAGUCUUGUGCUUUCAACGAUUGAACAAUUAACUUAUGACAAUAUUAUUGCAUAUAUUCUAAGAGCAUUAAUUCACUAUAUAUUCUCAUUCUAGUCACAUCCCUGACAUGCAUACAAAUUAACAUUAACUAAUAUUAUUAAAAUAAUAAAUAAAUAAAAAAACUUGAGUUUCCACUUAAUUUUAAGUACUUAUAACAAAUUGUAACAUUGAAAGGAGAUCCAAUUACAUUAUACCUAUGUAGAUUAAUUAAAGUUCAAACCACAUUGAGUAUGAAAAAUGAUUACUUCCUACCGAAGGCAUAUAGCUAGUGAUCAAUGAAGAUGAUCCAUGGUUCAUGCCAACUUACCUGAGC